AUGGAGCACACCACCACGGUCGCGUGGUACCCGGACGCGACUGCGGACUCCCUGCCUCCGAUGAUGCUUGAGACUGAUCCGCGACUUUCGAGUGAGCAUCUUGACGACGGUUCAGCUUCCAUCGUCGCAAAUGGAAGCCAGUGUCCCAUUUACAAGUACAGCGAGACCUUGGCGUACAAGCCCAUCUGCAGGAAGCGAGAGACGAAGCUCAUGGUUGUGGCUGACGAACUCACGCUUCCGGUCGUCAGCAAGGUCGGGGUGGUUGACGACAUGAGCGCGCAAUGGUAUCAAAAGGGCGCACUGAUGGAACUGGGAUACCCUAUUGACAUAACCAAAAUCCUCCCAGCUGAGCGCAUCUCGAUUGCCAAGCACAUGAUGAUCUUGGUGACGGCUUUGCAUCGCAAGGGGAUCUUGCACGGCGAUAUCAGGCCGGAGAGGUUCGUCAAACAGCCUGGGAGUGACGUCCUGAAGAUCGUGGACUUCUCUUCGGCUCGAAUGAUAGACGACAGCGAUCUGAACACCUGGCCCGGGGAGACGCCAUCAGUUGAAUACACUUCGCCGAACCGACCUUCCGAAGGCGAGGUGUCAACCCCAUUUGACGACUACUACGCCUUGGCCGUCUCGAUAUGGUCUGUCUUUUCUGGGCAGCGCCCCAUGGUUGGUCUUUUCAACUCCAACGAGGGACAUACUCCUGACAUCGGCAAAAUCACCGACGAUGAGUUGUUCUGCAGUGUUGUCGACGUGCUGGAAGAGGGAGGCCUUCAGCUGGAUACUCCGGUGACCCUGGCUCGGCGCAACUCCAUGAGCAUCGACCCCAGUAACCGCGCAGUUUCGUUUCCUUUGAGCUUGUUCGGCGCUGAUCCUGACGAUCUGGACAACCACAACGGUGUCAAGUCGAAGCCCCGGUUUUGUCCCCACUGCUUCGAGAUAGCAAUGGCGAACGCUGACAAGAUAGCCGGAAAGCCCCCUAAGCCUGCGCCCGACUACCCAGAAUUCUGUCACCUGCGGAAGCCCACCCACGACGUCGGUGCUGCAAGUGAUUAUGCCUUGCAGUGGCUCGAAGGCCAAGAGAUCGAAGAAGGUGUGGAUCAUCCUCCAUACCUCGAGGACAUGCCACGGCCAGAGUCGGGCGAGGCUCAAGUCAGGACCAGAUCGCCCCCACGAAACACGAACUUGAGGGUGGACACCAGCACCGAUCAAGAGGUCGAGAAGCCGCUAUGGUCAGCCGUGAGCGCCGCAACGGUCACGGCUACCAACCAAGCCUCAAGGCGUGAGCGAUCCGAUACCGUGCGUGGCCCCUUCCCCGUUGCGCCGUCGGCCUCAGACGAGGGGUAUGAAUCCCUGGGAUGGACAAGCAGUGGGGGGAAAGAGCUCCAACCUCAGCAGCGGUCGCGAGGCCUGAGCUUCCAGAGGACAAUGAGCGCCUGGUCCGAGUCGUCUGUCGGGUCAACAGCCGAUGAUGAUGGCGAAUCAGGGGGCAAUGGAGCCACCGAGGACUCGGGAUCGAACUGCUCAUCGCCUCCACUGACACCGAUGCCACUCAACUUCAAGCGACUGCAGGUCACGUCAAGCUUUGAGAGUGUGAGUCUAUCUGAGGCGGAGGAUGGUCGAAUGUCAGCGGGCCAGUGA